GGGAUUUCAGAGAAUGUAGGUGGUGCCACUGAAAACAUCCGAUAACAUCAGAUAUUUUUUACCAUCUCUCUAUUAAUGUACCAAGUGCAUAUGAAUACAGCAUAGCUUCUAUCUAGUUAAUUUCAAUAUAAAUACGACUGCUUUUGAAGAGAUGCAGAAUAACCAUGGCGUCAGCAUCCACAUCUAUUUGCCUACUUAUAACCGCUUUCUUUCUGUGCUCAUGUGAAUCAGCAAAUGUCAAACUCCAGAGAAAUGAAACAACUGAGAUGGAAGAAAUGCUCAAUGAUGCUGAAUACGAAAUAUUCGGGGAUGUAAGAAUUGCUGUGGAAAGAAUAAUCAAGAGUUAUGACGAUGCGAUUCUUAUAAAUGAGAAUUUAACUAAGCAAUAUGAAUCAGAUAUAAAGGCACAAGUAAAAUUAGUAAGAAAGGUAAUAAAGAACAGGAGGCGUCUCAGGAGAUUUCAAGAAUGCCAAGAAAGCUACACCGCUGCCCGCAGCCUAUUAGAUGCUUACAAUUAUUUAUUCGAAGAAAUGAAAAGACUGAAAUAUCAAUACAUAAGCUUUGCAGUGAAUACUGACAAUCAAAUAUAUGAAGCUGAGCACCUCAUUCAUAAGUAUACAAAAAUUCUGAAAAAAACGAGAUACGGUCCAAGAAAUAAAGGUUGCAAUGCCUUUCUAACUCCAACUGAAAUUCAAGAUGAAAGAGUUAAACGCUUAGUUGAUCUGAUAUCCAAAGUGCAUGCUGAACAAGCAGCCUAUCUAAAAAAUACCAGUCUGAAAACAGUUUUUCGAGGUUUCCUGGAUGGAAUUCAGGCCAUCCUGUGGAAACUCUAUUGGCGGGGGAGAGUUUGAAUGUCCAAAGAUGACAUGAAGAAGACCGUAUGGAAAGAAGAGGUAAACUUGUUGGCAGAGCUGUAGGCUUAUAUAUAUAUAUAUAAUUAUAAAGUAAUUGUAAAUUCAGGAUGGUAAACUGUCGCUUUUCAAGAAUUUCUGUAUCACCUGUGUUAUACACCAAUUGGAUACUUAUGCCAAAAUAGAUUGUGAAC